UCCCGCGCUUUCGGACGACACUGGCAGCUGCUCUUCACGCGAAAGCUCUCCACCCGCUACACCCGUCUUUGGACUCAGUCGUGCACCAUCUAUCUCUUUUGAUGACCAUUGUCAGCAUAUACCCACUGGCGACGGCACGGACAUUGGUAUUGUCGAACCAGACGCGGACUACUCGCUACCAGAAGCCAUUUCCCGUCUCCUUAAACGCGGGCGGUUGGCGGACACAAGGACUGAUAAAGUCCGCGCAGAGAGGCCGCUGCCGUCUGAUAUUUGGAGCGACGCGACUAGGGCCGAUGACGACGCGUUCUUCGGUCUUGCCCAUAUACCCAACAGCGACUGCAAAAGUGUCGGGGACGUCGAGCCCGAUGCAUUGGACCCGGCUCUAGAAUACGUCUCCCGUCCAUUGAAACGGAAGCGAUGCGCGGACACAAGCGCCUGUGACGUUCGUGCAAAGAGAGCGUGGACGUCUGGCACUUCGAGCGACGCAACUAAGGCCGAGGACCGUGCUUGUUUCGGUCUUGGGCAUAUUCCCAUCCACGACUACACGAAGAGUAGGGUCGUCGACCCGGAUGCUGUUCACGUGGCCCACCCCCGUAUUGACCUAUACGUGCCACUUGAAGCCACCGCGCGCCCGCCGAAGCGAAAACGCUGUGCGGACCCGACGACCGAUGAGGUCCGUAUGAAGAGAAGGCGGUUGUCUGACAGUCCAAGCGACGCGUCAAAGCUCAAGGAUGGCGAUCUUUUUGGACCUCACCCUCGAUGCAUGAUUACGGGCUACGUGUCUGCUGAGGUAGAGGCGUGCUACAUCCUGCCUCCCGACACGCCCCAACCGUUAGUGUACACAUACCACGUCAUCGCAGAGGAUGAGCACCCUGCAGACUCGGGCAAACCCAGGGAUGAUACCACUACGCCUCCAGUUGCGACGGCUACUGGCUCGUAUCGCUCGCUGGGGUGGCAUGACCUGAGUGCAAAUCUGCAUCUGAUGACAGUUCGAGUGGGUCGUGAAUUCAUCAAGCGACCGCUCCACUACCAGCACUUAUUACCUAUAGACGCUCUUGUACACAUACCCUCUAUCAGGCGGGUCCACCGAGAUGCAGUCGAGCCGGUCUCCCCCUCCAUUGAACAAGAGUCGCCAGUCGAAGACAUGCUCCGCCCGCCGAAGCGGAAACGGUGUCCGGACACAGAGACUGAUGAAGUUCCUACCAAGAGAGUACGCACGUCCGGCACUGCAAGUGAGGCGUCCAAGGACGGCAUUCCUUUCGGACCUCACCCGAGGUGCAUGAUCACUGGAGGCGUGUUAUAUACUGCCUCCCGACAUGCCUCAGCUAUUGUGAAUCAAAAGAUCGACUACAUGACAUUCAACAUGCGUACCGACUAUGACACCUUCCUUUGUCACGAGCCUGAGAAUAUUAUAUUUCUUCGACGCGACCUCCGGGAACUGUGGGAAACGAACCGAUUGUUGAUGAUACCACAUCCUCAGCAUUUAGAGCAUCUUGAGUAUUGCACUGUGUACAAGUAUUACGUCAUCGCAGAGGACGAGCACCCUCCAGACUCAUGCGCGACCAUGGGACACCCUAUCCCACCUUCCGUCAUGACGGCACCAUGUUCAUAUCGCUCGCUUGGAUGGCACGAGCUGGACGCCGAUCUCUAUUCGAUGGCUUUUCGAGCGGGUCGGAAAUUGAGCAAGCGACCACUGCACUACCAGCAUAUCUUUCGGGAGUUGCUGCCCCACGAGGAGGUCAAUCAUGCAUACAGCAUAAUCUUGCAGUAUGUGUUGUGGACGCACCCCCUGCCUUUCGAGAUGGUACCCAACAGACGGUUAUGGACAACAGGCGAACUCUCACCCUGUCCUGACGGUUAUUACUGCCGCCCCUUGACCGAAUAUUGCUCUCCCCUGUCGGAUGACGACACAGCCCGCUUUCCUCGCCGAUUUCGGCCAGUCGUCUCAGGGAUAAAGAGGAAACGUUCUGGCGACACCAGGGUGGACAGUGAGCCCUGCACCAUGAAAGAAUAUGCCCAGCAAGUAGCCAGCGUCCGACCGCUUGCGGAACCUGAUGACCCAGAGUUGCUCGUUUAUCAACAAGAGGAAGCGAGCGAUGUGUCACGGUCCCGAAUCGUGACAUCCGGUCUUAUACCUCAUUCUGUUACGCUUUCCACAUGCCGGACAGGUCUUGAAUAUACCCAGAAAGGUCUGUUAGAGUCGAACCGCCGUCGCGACUGGAGCUUCCGUGAUCACGCCUUCCCGCUCUUCACUGAUGAGCCAGACAUGCUCCCUGAUCGUGGGUGGCGAUUGCUGGCAAGGGGCGGGAUCUCUCGGGCUAUCGGCUGCAUCUCGGAGUUUAUUUCUGGCGGUGGCAGUGGCAUGCAACUACAUGCGUGGCGUCUAUCAGGCGUCGCUACGUACCACCUUACUUCUGAUGAGAACAUCCGGUUCUUGUUAUUCAAUGAACGAUCCCCACCAAUAUGGCCGAACGGAGUGCAAUCGUCAGACAUCAAGAUCUGA